CGGGCCAGGGGCGGUCGCUGUUGCCGGGCUCCCGCCGGCGCCUCGCGCCCCUCCCCGCGCCGGGCCCGCCCCGAGCAUGGGCGCCAGCGGCUCCAAGUCGCGCGGCCUCUGGCCCUUCGCCCCGGCCGCGGCGGGCGGCGCGGAAGGCCCCGGCGGGCAGCAGGCCCUAGCCCGGGCGCGGGGGCCGCGCGCCGCCACCCCCUUCGUCUUCACGCGCCGCGGUUCCAUGUACUAUGACGAGGAUGGAGAUCUCGCCCAUGAAUUCUAUGAGGAAACAAUCGUCACCAAGAACGGAAGGAAGCGUGCUAAGCUGAAAAGAAUCCACAAAAACCUUAUACCUCAGGGUAUAGUGAAACUGGAGCAUCCUCGUAUUCAUGUGGACUUUCCUGUUAUCAUCUGCGAGGUCUGAGCUGCGGGGGAAACACGAGCUGUUGCUGCGUGCUGUCAAUGCACCCCACCUGCCCAGCCUUCCUGUACCUAGUGCAACCACGCAAGGCUGCGUUGUGUCCUUGAAGAACAAUGGUCUGUGAGCACAGACACACAAACUGUUGACUUUGAAGCUUCUCUUGCCUGGUGGAGGAGGAGCAGAUGGGGCGGUAUGGAAUCGGAUAGCUCUCUGGAAUAGAAUUGGCUAGGGUUGCCUUUGCAGCAGGACUUGUUACAUGAGACAGGUGACCUCAUUUAACCACCUGCUUAAGAACUCACUCAACAGAGUCAGAAGAUUAAAAUACCUUUUGUAGCCUGUAGCCAAUGUAUGGAUGGGUACGUGGAACUGCUGGCAAGAUGCUGUGGUUGAGGCUUAAUAGGGAGAGUGAGCCUGUACCUCUCACCAAAUAAAACCCCUGCUUCUCAGGUACCUGCUCCAGGUAGAGUUGAGGUCAGGUAACUUGCUCUGUGUGUGUGGUAAUGGUGACUGGGGCCACUACUGCCCUGCCCCUGAAUGGCAGUAGUUAAAUAUCCAGUGCUGCAGUUCUGCCUUGUAGGGGGUGUUCUGCAAUGUAUCCCUAAGUGGGCCUGCAAACAGAAGGGAAGUGGAGCAGUCUGAGGGGUGCCAGUCUCAAAUCCCAUUGAAACAGGGUGGUUUGCUCCUCUUGGGAUCGGGGGAGGCCAACUUCCAUUGCUGUAAAACUUGGUCUCCUUGUAUACAGCCUCUCCAUGAGUGUGGAACCAUUUUGUGUUCCCAAGAAUGCAGCAUUUGUCCCCUAGGAUCCUUUCUGAUGGUCCUAGGAAUGCCAGCACAGAUGGGCAAGCAGGCUGCUCCAAGGAGCCCCAUUGGCCAGUGCUGGUGCUGUGGCAGACCCGGUGGAUCAAAUGUUUGCAUCUUUGCAGCCCAAGUCCUAGGUGCUUUUGGCAUCGGCGGUGUUCAGAAUUCCAUGCGUGGGCAGGCAGUCUGUGCAAAUGCAGAUGGCUUUGCAGAUUAGAAUUCCCCAAGAUUUGCAUCCAUGAGCAUGUGUUUGCCUUAAAGGGAGCAGGCUGUGUUCCCACUGAGCGCCAUUCUUCUCUUCUCUUCCCUUCCCUUCCCUUCCCUUCCCUUCCCUUCCCUUCCCUUCCCUUCCCUUCUCUUCUCUUCUCUUCUCCCCCUGUUGAAUUUGCAGUGCAAGAGAGUGCAGGCUCUGGGGCAUGACACUUUGUAGUAAGCCUGGCUUGCCCUUGGGCCACAGUCCCACUUGAAGCAUGGUUCCAGGUAAAGUUUACCUGUAAUAUUACUCCAGCAUUGACAGCAUGCCCCAGCUGUCUGUGUGUGAUGGAGCCAAGCCAAUGGAAGUCAGCCCCUUUCCAUCCUUGCCUUGUAAUACAAUCAGUUGGAGUCUGUCUCCUGCUGCCUUGGACAUCUCCCUGAACAUAUAAAAACCUCACUCCUCCACUGUGCCCAUUGCCUGGUUUCUCAUUUUGGAGGCAAGAAGGAAUGCAGUGCACUUUAAUGAAAGGGUUUCCCUUCUCCUUUGGAAGGUCCAACUUUUUUUUCUCCACCUAUUUGAUAUACAAACUCCUGGCUUGUGGCAGGGGGGGACCUUUUGUCAGCUGGAGUCGUAUUGACAGCACCAAAUGUUGCAUUUCUGCAUUUGCCAUUUCAUCCUUGCUUCCUUCAUGACUGAGCUGACUGCUGUUGAGCCAGAAGUGAAGGCCUGACCUGCAUUACCCAUCCCAAACACUAGGAGCCGCUUUUCCCACUCUGGGUUCCAGGAGAAUGGGUACAUUCGCUAUGCACAAGCUGGAAGGUCAGGGACCUAUCCCUCAGAACAUUAUGAAGCUUUAAGAACUGGAUCGAGACUUGUUCCUGCAGCACUUGGCUUGUUAGACAUCUCAGUUCUCUUUCUAGAGCUUGUCAUUUACUUUCUGAACACUUCAGACAUUUGCUACCUCGAUUUUUCAUUUAACCAGCUGGUACAAAGUCACCAGCAAUAUCAGCGUGUCUUUGUUUGAUGUGUCCAUCUCUGCCCCUGAAGAGCUGUAAGGGCUGUGUGCCAUGAUAAUAGGUAUUGGUAGCUGAUAGUAGUAUUGUUAACUUGGGGCUCUGUGUUACCAUCUCCCCAUAAUCUCCUACUCUGUUCUGGUUGUCCCAUUUGCACUUCAGUGACAAGUGUGGUCAUAGCUCUGGUUUAUGGUGCUGCCUCCAUCACCACCAUGUAUCUUUGGCAGUGAGUGGCAACUGGCUUCCUAGCCAGAGCUUGUGUAACAGAGCACCCUUUCUCAUUUGUUUGGAAAAGUCGGUCUUUAAAGCUGUCCCACUGAGGUGUUCCUUGUUCUUUCCAAACAUUUUCUUGCAGGCUAUUUGGGUUUAGCUAAGAUCAGAGCUAACAGACCUCCUUGGAAAAGGCUUGUCUUUGGCACUGAUUGGAAGAUGGAACAAACCUGGAGGUCCUGCCUCCAGUAAGGAGGAGAUGAGGCUAAGUCUGCUCCUGGUCCUUGUUCCACUAUGGCUAGGUUCAGUUGUGAAAAGCCACACUUUAGCUUCUCUCCAGGUUACCCGAGGGGGGGGAAUAGCUUGUGCUGUGAGCCAACUCUUCUUAAUAGAAGUUAUAGGCUAUAGGAGAGAUCAUGCACCCUCCCACCCCCGUGAAUCAGUUUGACUUAGGGUGGGUGUAAUCUGCCACAGGGAAGUAUGAAGAAGAGUAUGUGGCGGCAGAGAUGGCUUUUGUUGCAAUGAGGCCUGACUGCAAGCAUCUUAUUGUCCCCAAGAUCCUCUAGUAAAGAAACUUUUGGCUACUGUCUCCAUGGAUCCAACCAUGCUGGUGGAUUCCCAUAUUGUGCCACUGUUUGUAGCAGCAGCUCUUUGUCCUUGCACUAGACACGUUUUGAACAGCAAGAUUAGAUUUUUGCUUUGAAUAGUGCAUUGCCAAGGGCAGUGGACAGGGCACGAAUUGGAAAAACCUCCAUGUGAAGAGUUUGUUAGACACAAGUGAGUUGGCUAAUUGAGCUAGUUCUCGCAGGGAAGACCUGACGUUGCAGAAAAGCCAGGGAACUUCCUACUGGUGUCGAAGGAAGGGAGCAGGACUAGAGGUUGGAUGACAUUCUGAUCAGGGAAAACAUUUAUAUUUCUCCACAUCCUAGUACUUGUCUGCUGCUAGGUGAAAGCAGUGAAAUCUUACAGUGAUGCAUUACACAGAAGCAAGCAAUGCCAUGCAGAAGGAUCGUAAUCAUCUAGAGAAACUUGCAGCAAGGCUUUGACAACAAAAUCCUAACUACUUCAAAGGGCAGUAUGCUGCUUGCUGCACAGCUUCACCUUGGGAAUAUGACCUGACUCCCUACAGCAGAAUGGGUAGUGGUCUUGAGAGACAGCUCACACCCUCUCCAUGCCAGGCCUAAAAGGCACCUUGUGCAAAGGAUAGGGGAGCAGGGCAAACACUGUUACUAGAAUCUAGUUGUCAUGCAGAGCCCCAAAGGGUUCACCUAUGUGGCUUGCCAGUCAGCUUCUGAGCAGAGAGCUGGGACAGUGUCCUUUAUCAGUGAAGCACACUCUUCCAUUACUAUUGUCACCCCUAUUUUAAAUGAUCUUACAUGUGCUGUGGAGGAAGCUCCUCACUCACCCAGUGCAAUCCAGCAGGGGUCUGCCCCAUGAAAGGUUUCAUUCAGCCUCACUUCUCUCUCAGGUAGCAGGCUCCCUGAGGCUGCCUGUAGCUGUUCUGACUCCUCUCUAGGCUGGCUAGCCCACUGGGCUUGAAGCUGUGCAAUCAACCUGCUUGGUUACUAUAACCUCACCCCUUCUCUUCCCCCAACCUCAUUUCCUUAUGGGUGGGCUCCAGUCCUCUUGAAUGGAAGUAAAUGGGACAGGGGAAGAACCCCUGGAAACAGUUGAAGGGGUGCCUAAAAUGUGAAGGUGACUGUAAAUAGUAUCUGUGUCCACUAUACUGUUGGAGCAAGCAAAAAAAAUCUGUUUCCUUUCAUUUUUUUACAAUGUAUUUCUGUGCAACUUUGUGCUUUCAAGUGUGAAUGUGUAGAAGAACUGUACUCACCAACACUACACAUUCUGCUCCUGUAGCAUAUGGAUAGGAACCCUGGUUUAAAAAAAAAUGUACAUUAUUUAUGGUCUUUCUUCUGCCUCUGAGUGCAUCUGUCUAAUUUUGUUAAAUUUAAAUAAAAUUAUUUGUAGAGCCCAA